UUUGACAAGAGCUUUAAAUAUCCUGUUUCAGGAGUCUUAUUGAGUUUUUGUGUUGAGAUGUUGAAGAUGAGUUUGCAGGUGGAUUUGAUGUGCUGUAAAUCAGUAGGAACUGAUCUGUCCAUGCUGGAUAUUGAUGAUUUGAUGACAGAAAUCUCUCAGCUGAAGAAAGAGGUGGCGUUACUGGAGGCAAAGCUGAGGGAAAGAGGAGAUCCACUGAACGGAGAGGAGCUGGAGAAGGUUUCCUGUCAAUCUUCAGUGUGUGUGACUGAUGGGACCUCCACAGAAUGUCAGGAUUCAGUGUGGAGCGUCAGAGAUCAGAGAUCCAGAGACACACAGGACUCAGAGCUCAGCCUCACUUUACUCUGUUAUACUGACGCUCAGGAGAGUGUGUGUGACAGUAAUCAGGGUGAUCAAACCUCCACAGAGUCUCUGGCUUCUGUCUGUAACGCUGGAGAACAGCAGAUGCUGCAGAUACCAUUGAAGAUGUGUUCAGUGAAGCUGCUGGACUGCAGGAACCUGAUGGAGAUGAGAGGAGAAACCACAGCAGAGGAACAACAUGAUGAUCACCAUGAAGAUGAGGAUGUUGUUCAACAUGACAGUCAUGAUGAUGAUGAUGAUGAUGAUGAUGAGGUGGAUGUUAUUCAACAUGACAAUGAUGAGGAUGAAGAAUUUAUUCCAUCAGAUAGAAACAGUGGUUCAUGUUCAGUUGGGGAAACGAUAUCUACAUCAAAAGAGUGUCUGUCAGCACAAAGUCUUUCCUGCAUCACCUGUCAGAUGACAUUCAGCUCAAAGGGACAUUUAGUAAGACAUGAAAAAAGACACACAGAACAGAAAAUCUACAAAUGUAAGACAUAUGGGAGCAGCUUUUCUACAUCAAAAGAGAAGAAACUUCAUUUGAAAGUGCACAGAGUAAAGAAGCAGUACUACUGUGAGCAGUGCGGGAAGGUUUUCUUUACUACUCGUUCCAAUAUGAAUGCUCACAUGAAGACACACAGUGAUAAAAAGGAGUUCCACUGCAAAGAGUGUGACAAAUUUUUCAGAACUAAAGGAGUUCUUGUUAUUCAUAAGAGACUACAUACCGGGGAGAAACCGUACAAGUGUCCUCACUGUGAGAAGAGAUUCAACCACAAGCCCCAUCUGAAGACACAUGUCCGUGUGCACACCAAAGAGAGGCCGUAUCAGUGCAGUGAAUGUGGGAAAACAUUUGCACAGCUAGAUUCUCUAAAGUCACAUCAGAAAAUACACUCUGAAGAGAAACACUAUCAAUGUUCACUGUGUGAUAAACGUUUCCGUCAUAAGUCUCAGCAGAUAAUCCAUGAGAGAAUGCACACUGGAGAGAAACCUUACCUUUGCUCUCACUGUGGAAAGAGAUUUUCUGGUCCAGGUCAUCUCCAGAUUCAUCUGAGAGUGCACACGGGAGAAAAGCCUUAUCACUGUAGCAUUUGUGGGAUGAGUUUCUGCCAACACUAUAACUUUGUAAAGCACCAGAGGACACAUACUGGUGAAAGACCUUACAAAUGCACUCAGUGUGACAAAACAUUUGGAACUAAAGGAAAUCUUGUUAUUCAUAAGAGAAUACACACAGGAGAGAAACCAUUCAAGUGUCCUCAUUGUGAGAAGAGAUUCGCCUACGGAAACUAUCUGAAGACACAUGUCCGUGUGCACACCAAUGAGAGGCCGUAUCAGUGCAGUGAAUGUGGGAAAACAUUUACACAGCUAGAUUAUCUAAAGUCACAUCAGAAAAUACACUCUGAAGAGAAACACUAUCAAUGUUCACACUGUGAUAAACGUUUCCAUCAAAAAUCUCAGCAGAUAAUCCAUGAGAGAAUGCAUUCUGGAGAGAAACCUUACCUCUGCUCUCACUGUGGAAAGAGAUUUUCUGGACCAGGUAGUCUCCAGUUUCAUCUGAGAGUGCACACGGGAGAAAAGCCUUAUCACUGUAGCAUUUGUGGGAUGAGUUUCAGUAAACAGAAUACCUUUGCAAAGCACCAGAGAAUUCAUACUGGAGAAAGACCUUACAAAUGCACUCAGUGUGACAAAACAUUUGCUCGACCGGAUGUCCUGAAAACGCAUCAGAGAGUGCACACAGGAGAGAAACCUUACAGCUGCUCCAUCUGCGGGGAGGGAUUCACUUAUUUAGGAAGUUUUCAGACUCACAAGAAGAAACAUUCUAAAGAUCAAGAAUCAUCAUAGUGUGGUUCAUAAUUAGCAAUCAGUUAAAAAAAAGGGUAUUGAGUAAGAAUAUCAUAAACAUUCGAUAUAUUGAUUAUUGAUUGGCAAGUUAUUUUACUGAUACUGUUACGUCCUGCCCGAGUCUAGGGUUGGGGAAGAGUAACAAAUCUGGUUGGGGUUCCCUUCUCCCAUCCCAGCACUCUAAAAUCAACAGUCAACUUUAGAAAAUAAAAUGAUAUUUUUAUUAAUCUAAGAAAGUGGAUGUCUCAAAAGCUUCAGGAGUCAACCCUCAGUCCACAAAAGAAGCAAGUUACUUACAGCUCAGCAACCUGCAACUACACCUACAACUUUGAGCACUACAACAACAUUCAGCAACACGUCCACACCAACCGCUGUCUGGAACGAGGAAAGGGAAGCUCCUUGCAGUAGAGAUCUGCCUGGUCUUUAUCCUGCUGCCCUCACCCACCAAUGAAUUCCGAAAGAGGAGUGAUUGGCAAUCGUUCUUGAAGACCCCUGGAUGUUGAGCAGCCUCCAUGGAAGAGAGAGAAAGAGAGAGAGAGACAACAAAACAAGAAAAACACAGCACAAGCUGGGAACAUUUUCUAUUGCAAUAAGGCAUAGAUGCAAUUAAACAAACGAAGAGGACAGAAACUAAAAAUAAAGUAAUAUGUCCUGGGACAUAAAAUGAGACCUAGUCAACUUGUAAAUGAAAAUACAAUGUGUAGGCUGUAUGAAAUAAAGCAGCCUCCUUUGGAGUUGUAGCAUGUGUUGACUGUGGUGUUGGUACAUUCGUAGGAAAUAUAUCAAGUCAAGUCAAGUCAAGUGGUUUUUAUUGUCGUUUCAACCAUAUACAGUUAGUACAGUACACAGCAAAACGAGACAACGU